UUAUACCAUUUCUGACCGGAAGCAGUUUGACGUCACGCGCGACAUGUUGCUUACUAACUUUAACGGAUAAUAUUCCGGUAACAUGAAGCUCGUUCCAUUGUUAACUUGGAGAAAUCUUCUCCGCUAGUCCCCAGCUAGCUGCUGCUGUGUCCCGGUUCUCUUUCCCGGUAGCUACGGUUAACUUUAGCCUCUGUGUGACGAGGUUCCGGCGGACAGCCGGUCGGCCAGUUCACGCGUAGCCAGGCGGUGCGUGUGAGGUCCGGUAGUCGCAGCGGCUGAAGGUGGCGAUCAAACCCCUCCAGCUGUUAGCUACCGGCUCAUGGCCCCCCGCUAGCCAGCCUGGUCCUGUCUGCUAGCAUGGAGAACGACGCAGCUAACGGGGACCUGAACGCCAACCUGAGGUGGCAGAGCACCGGCGACCCGCGGCUGGACAAGGCGGUUCACCAGUGGCUAACCUGGGACCGGGAAUCAAGACGUUUCCCCUCCUGUCCUGCAGAACCAGUGGACCCGGGCUCAAGUGCGCUCUCUGGUGGCGGCGGGUCGUCUGGAUGAUCUGAGGUCCAGACUCUGCAGCAGGAUGAGCUUCGGUACGGCCGGACUCAGAGCACCGAUGGGAGCCGGAUUCAGCCGGAUCAACGACCUCACCAUCAUCCAGUCAACACAGGGUCUGUACUCGUACCUGUGCAGGUAUUUUGCCGACUUCAGCAGCAGAGGGGUGGUUGUUGGCUUCGACACCAGAGGACAGGAGGAGAGUAGCUGCAGCAGUCAGAGGCUGGCGAAGUUGUCGACCGCGGUGAUGCUCAGCAGAGACAUUCCCGUCCAUCUCUUCUCCACAUUUGUCCCGACUCCAUACGUGCCUUAUGCUGUGAGGAAACUGGGAGCAGCAGCUGGAGUGAUGAUCACCGCUUCACAUAAUCCCAAAGAGGACAAUGGAUACAAGGUGUAUUGGUGUAACGGUGCUCAGAUUGCCUCGCCUCAUGACAAGGAGAUCCUGCGUUGUAUAGAGGAGCAGCUGGAGCCCUGGAGCGCCUCUUGCUGGGACGAGGAGCUAGUGGACCGAUGCUCCCUGAGGACCGACCCCCUGACCCAGAUCAACAGCUGCUACAUGGACGAACUCGGCUGCCUCUGCUUCCACAGGGAUCUGAACAGCAGCUGUCCGUUGAAGUUUGUCCACUCAUCCUUCCAUGGAGUUGGACACUCCUUUGUCCAGCAGGCCUUCCGGGUGUUCGGCUUCGCUCCACCGAUCCCGGUCCCUGAGCAGAAAGACCCUGACCCGAACUUCUCCUCGGUCCGCUGUCCAAACCCAGAGGAAGGAGAAUCUGUGCUGAAGCUGUCUCUGGUCCUGGCAGAGCGGGAAAACGCUCCCAUCGUUCUGGCCACGGAUCCCGACGCCGACCGUUUGGCUGUGGCAGAGAAAUCUGACGGGUGUGGUUGGAAGGUGUUCACAGGUAACGAGCUGGCGGCUCUGCUGGGUUGGUGGAUGUUCUUUAACUGGAAGCAGAACCAUCCAGAACCGGCCGACACUCAGACCGUCUACAUGUUGGCCACCACGGUGUCGUCCAAGAUCCUGCAGGCACUGGCUCGCAUCGAGGGUUUCCACUUCGAGGAAACUCUUCCUGGAUUUAAAUGGGUCGGGAACAGAAUCCACACACUUUCCAAAUCUGGGAACAGAGUAAUAUUUUCCUUUGAGGAGUCUAUCGGGUUCCUGUGCGGCAGCAUGGUCCUGGACAAGGAUGGAGUCAGCGCCGCCGUGGUCGUGGCAGAAAUGGCGGCGUACCUCCACAACAGGAGCCUGAGUCUGAACCAGCAGCUGCACAACAUCUACGAGACGUACGGUUACCACCUGUCGAAGACCUCCUACGUCAUCUGUAAUGACCCCCCCACCAUCCAGAAGAUCUUCGGACGCAUCAGAAACUUCGAUGGUCAGGGUUCGUACCCGAAGACCUGCGGCGGCGUGCGCAUCCUCCAUGUCAGAGACGUUACCACGGGAUACGACAGCAGCCAGCCUGACUUCAGAUCUGUGCUUCCCGUGUCCCGGAGCAGUCAGAUGAUCACCUUCUCGCUGCAGAAUGGCAUCGUCGCUACGCUGCGGACCAGUGGCACCGAACCAAAGAUCAAAUAUUACACCGAGUUCUGUGCCGCGCCGGGAAGCAGUGACCAAUCUGGGCUGGGGGAGGAGCUCCAGAAAGUGACGGCUGCUCUGCUGGAUGACUUCCUGGAACCCGAGAAGAACAACCUGAUUCGGCGCUUAGUUUAGCUCCGCCUCCUGCUUCCUGUUGAUGACAUCACAUCCUGUCACAGUUGCUGUGAUCUGCAGUCUUUCAAAGACAAUUGAUUAGUUAUUAGAUUCAGUGAUGUCUUGUGUAAAUAUUCACUGCAGCAAAGCAUGAUGGGUAAGAAACCACGCAACAGCUUCUGACACCUGAUUGGUCGUCAGGCGCAGUUACAGGAAUUAUUGAUUAUUAAUUUCUCUGUGGGAGUUUAUUGACAACCAAACUGAUUUAAUUAAUCUGAUUUUAUUUCCCAAAGUUUUAUUUUCCUUUUUAAAAUCGUUCACUUCACCGUUUAGACUUCAGGAGUUUGUUGUUUCCUGUUAAACGUAUUGACUGAUUAUUGAUUCUUGAUCAGCUUUAAACCUGAAACCAAAGAAAGUUUCAAACCGGCAGAGACUUGUGGAAACAUGAGCUGUAGUUAAACAAGUGUGACAGCAGUGCAUUCUGGGAGUCAGAGUCUCCGUUUCAGUUGCUGGAAAAACGAAACAUUUUCUGAGUUUUCCAGACGUCGAAUCCCCUCGAAUCUUUUCACCAGGUUUUUAUCUUCUUGAUGAACUUCUGCAGAAAGUUCCAGAACCUGACAGAACUGGAACUGGACCGGUUCUGUCGGGUUCUGGAACUUUCCGCAGAAGUUCAGGCGUUUGUCUUAAUGUUUAUUUAUUUUUCUACCAGAUAAAGAGAGAGAUGACAAACUGCUGCUGCAUGUUAUGGUAAUGAUCUGGGUCUGUUGGCCCGGUUCAGUUAUGUUGGCCUGGUUUGGUUCCGUUGGCCCAGUUUAGUGCCCUGAUGAUGGAAUUUUGUGUUUUCUGAAAUAAAACCUGAAACUAAAAUGUUUGUUUUUCUUCAUGAAAACUUUAUGUUGAGGUUUAAA